CUUUUCUUGAAAUUUUUAUUUCAUUUACUAGCCGACCCAUGUUAUAAUUAUCAAAUCCUGAGUGAUGCCAAUAGAAAGAGCAGUUACGUUACACCGGAUUAUGGACCAUAUUUGUGUGACAACUUACUACCCGUGGGAUGGUAUCGUUUUGUGGGAGCUGCAGGAACAAGAAUGCCAACAACGCGUGUGCCAGCAUACAGAUGUGGUACAGCCAGGUCAGGCUGGUUGGAUGGUGCUCAUCCUACAGUGGAAGAUGAUUACGUUCUUCGGACGGUCUGCUUUAGUGAUCACUCUGCCGGUUGUAAAUACUCAAUAACUAUUUCUGUAAAAAACUGUGGAUCCAACUUCAUCUACAAACUUGAACACCCACCUGGUUGUCCCUCACGCUACUGUAGUACAGACUGA